AUGCCGGUGCCUGACCCUGCCAUGGUUGGAGCCUCAUUGCCAGUGCGUUCCUUUGGCCAAGCGGGCUUGGCUGUCUUUGUGCUGGAGCUUGGGUAUGUGGGCUUUGCCUUGUUAUCACGGAGCUCCGGGCACCCCGCCCUGUCGCUGCUGGCCUGUGGCAUUUCGUGUGUGGCUUUCUUCAUUUUCGUCUUGUCCACUUCCUGCCUCGGCUCCCCGUCUUUGUCGCGGUCUCUUUCGCGCCCCGGCGCUGCGGCCUCUGCCUUGACCCACCUGAACACAGGCGCAGCCACUUCUCUGCAAAGCUUGGCUUGGGCAGACGUUUCUCUGUCGACGUCCGGCUGUGGAUGCACGGAGGCCUCAUUGCCAGCACUGGACCCCGCGCAGCCAGGCAGCCCGGCCUCUGUCAGGAGCCUUGUUUGCCUGGGAUCUGCCAUGUCGGUGCCCGACUUUUUGCAUCCCGAGCCAUCGCUUUUGGCCCGCAGCCACGCACGUGUUGGACCAGGGCUUCCAGCCUUUGAGUUCCCAAACAUCGAAUCCUUGCCGUCUCUCAGGUCCUCAGCACGGGCGGAUGCCUCCGCCCCAGCAAUGUCCAGAGCUCAGCUUGGCCUUUUCUUGCCGGCCGCAGAUCUUGCUAGCUUUGAUUCUCCGCUUCCCCUCCGGAGCUUCGUCCGCACCGCUUCGCCUUUGUUGGUGGCACGGUUCUCUCAGGUUGGCUUGCUUUUGCCUCCCAGAAGCCCUGCUCAGCCAGGCCUUUCGCCCUCAAUCGCGUCACAGUUCCGCCUCGGAUGCCCGCCGUCUAACCAGGACUUGGCCAUGAGCUCAUCUAUGCUCGUGCGCGGCCCCGUCAUGCCCGGCAACUCUUUGCCGGCGCUCGCUGUCUCUGAGCUUGGCUCGGCAUUGUCUCUGCGUGCCCCCGUGCGCUUGGGCUUGUCCAUGCUGUUGGCGGACCAUGCUCAAUUUGGGCCGGCAGCGUUCCUCCACAGCUUCGCCCGCUUGAGCCCUUCUGCCUUUGCGUGUGGCUUGGCCCGCCCUGAGCCCUCCACCUCAGCCGUGGACUCUGCUACUUUCGGUUUUGCGGCCUCAGCACGGAGCUUUGCGCGCACUGGGCCUGCCGCGUUUGUUUCCGAGUGCGCGCGUUCGGCAGCUUCGCCAUCUCUGCGGAGUUGCGCGCGCCCGAACGCAAGUCUGCCAGUUCUGGACAGGUGCCGACUUGGCUUCCGCACCUUUGUGGCUGACUUUGGUUUGCUCGCCUCUUCAGCGUUUCUUCGCAGCUCUGGCCAACCUGGCUUGCCCCUCCCGGCCCUCGACCCCGCCAUCCUCGGGCUCUCCUUGUCAGCACGGUCCCUUGCGACUUUUGGAUUUUCCUUGCCCGCCAGCGGGACGAUGCGGUGCGAUGUCAGUGGAACGCUGCCUGUCAUUGGCGCUUGUAGGCUUGGCCCCACUCUGCCAACGAGGUCACCUUGCCGCCCAGGAUUUCCGAUGCUUGCUCCAGCCUUUGCAGAUGCUGGCUCGCCUUUGCCUUUGAGAUCUUUCGGCUGCCUGGGCCCGAGCCCCCCUGCGAUCAGCAACUGUCGCACCGGAAGCUCAGCCAGUGCUGUGGACACCAGCGACCUACUCAGCUCGCUCCCGACCUUUGACUCGCUGAAGCCCGGCAGCUCGCCUCCAGUGGUGGCCAGCGUUAACCUGGGCCUUUCUACUUCGCCCCACAGCUUCGCCCGCGUCGACUUGGCGGCGUCGACCUUCCGGGUCGCCAUGCUGGGCCUCGUGCUGCCUUCGAGAACCCCCGCACGGCCCAGUCCAGCCACGUCGACUCCUGGCACCUUGUGCUUUGGCCCUGCCAUGCCUGCGCCGGACAGCAUGCACUCAGGAUCUGCGGCCUCAACCCGCAGCUCCGCGCGGCCGGCAUUUUCCGUGCCCGCGCCGAACUUUGCGAUUGUCGGCUCCCCGACCUUCAUCCGAAGCAUGGCACACGUGAGCCUUUUUCCGCUGUUGCCGGAGCCGGCCCACCUGGGUUCAACGGCUUCCCCGCGGCAGCAUGCUCGCGUGUCCUCCUCCCUGUUGCCUCUAGGCGUCGCUUGCCCCGAAUUCUCCGCUCCCGUGCCGGCUGCCGCGCACCCGGGCUUUGCAACAUCCAUCAGAAGCUUCAUCAGGAUAGACCCCUCAACGCUCACAUUCGAGUGCUUCCACUCAGCUUUGGCGCUGCCUGCGCAAAGCUUUGCCCGCCCAGGCUCCGCCAUGCCCGCCUUUGACUUCCUGCAUUCGGGCAGUUUUUUGCCUGUGAGGAGCCAUUUACGCUUGGGCUUGUCUUUGUCGCCGAACACCGGCGUUCGCAUGAGCUCGUCAGCCUCCCUUGUGGAUGGGCUCAGCAUGGGAAGCGCGUUGCUGCCGCGAAGCCUUGGUCACAUGGGCCCUCCCUUGCCCGUGCCACGCUUUGCGCAUCCCGAGUUUUCCCCAUUUCUCCACAGCUUCAGCCGCUCAGAAUCGGCCGUCUCGACUCCCACAGCCUCCGGCGUUGGUCCCUUUGCGUCUCCUCGCAGCUUUGGCCGCGCCGGCUCUUCGGCUUCCUUGUGCGGCCUGGCGCGCUCAGAGUCCCCCGCUCCGGCCUUGAGCUGGGCGAGUCCCGGCUUCGCCGCCUCUGCCCGAAGCGCCGCGCGCUUCAGCUCCUCCGCCUCCGCGCCGGACAGCGGCGCCUCAGGCGCCUCGCCGCCUCUCCGCAGCACGGCGCGACCCGACUCCGCCGCGCCCGCCUUCGACUACCUGCAGCUGGGCUUCACUACGCCUCCCAGGACAUGUUUGCGAGUCAGCCCCUCUUUGUUCGUGCCCGGCAUUCUGCGCUCGGGCCUUCCGCUCUUUGCGAUGGACUGCGUGAAUCCGGGCUACACCCCGUCCAUGCGCACCAAGACGGCCAGGGGGGCCAGGGCGAUGCUCUCCCUGCCGGUGCUGGACCACAUCAGCCUAGGACCUAUGUUGUCGAUCCGAUCUUCCUCCCGGCUGGGGUCUUCGGCGCCCGUGUUGGAGUCGAGUCGGCCGGCCCCAUCCACCUCCACCCGCAGCUGCGCGCGCCUGGGCUUUCCGCUGUCCAUCGCCGGGGCGGCCCACCCGGGCACCACCAGCGUGAGCGGCGCGCACCAGGUGGGGACGGCCCUCUCGGCGACGAGUUGGGGAAAUGCGCUCUUGCUGCCGGUGGUGAACUUUGCUCACCUAGGAUCAGCUCCCUUCCCUCGGAGCUCCGCUCGCCUGGACGCCGCCGCCUCCGCGCCGAACGUCGCGGGCCUCGGCUCGUCGCCGCCGCCGCGGAGAGCCGCGCGGCCGAGCUCCGGGCUAGCCAUCUGCGGCGUCGCGCGCUUGGGGCCGCAGACCUCGGCCUUGACGACUACACACUUGGGAUCUUCUGUGCUGCUGCGAUCCUACAUGCGUGCUGGCCUUUUCUUCUUUGUGAUGCAGUGCUCCUCUCCGGGCCUCGCCUCGUCUGCGCGCAGCUCCGCGCGCCCCGGGCCCGCGCCCUUUGCCACGAGCCUCGCCGGCGCUGGGCCGACGCUGUUGGCGCGCGGCUCCGCGCGCCUAGGCUCCUCGGCGUCUUGUGCCACGGUGCGGCGCUUCAAUGUGCUCCCAGUGGCCGGGGCUGAGAUCCUGGGCUCCUCAUCGCCGACCCGAAGCUCUGCGCGGGCGGGCGCGGCCGUGUUGGUCUCUGGCCUGUCCGGCCUGGGCUCCUCCUCGCCGCCGCGCUCCUUCGCCCAGCCCGGCAGCACGCUGUCCAUUUGUCAGGCGUUGCACGUCAGCUCAACCAGCGACUUUACCGGCUUCUUGGGCCAGCCGCCAGUCAUCGAAUGGACCGAGCUAGGCUCCUCUCUGUCUAUGAGGAGUUUCGCAUACCCUGGCUCUUCCCUGCCCUUGCCGGGCUGGGGCCGUGCUGGUCGCUCUGCUUCUGUGCUGAGCACGGCGAACUUCGAGUCUGGGUCGUUGCUGAGAGGUUUUGCUCAAACGGACGCCUUGGUGUCCGCGUUGCGCUAUGCUCAUCUCGGCUUGACCUCAUUGCUCAGAAGCUCUGCCUGGCCAGACUCCUUUUUGCUGGUGACCAGCGGCAGGCUAAACACGGGAGAGCUCUCCCUCACUCUGCCGGUGCUGCGCUGUACAAGCUUUGGAUCUCCUUUGCUGCUGAGGAGCCCCAGUCGCUGCGGCUCUUUGGUGCUGAUUCUGCAACUCACACAGAUGGGAUCGUCUAUGUCGGCGCAAUCUCUUACUUGA